UGGGUCAUUGGCGGGAAAAUGGCCGACUGAGUUAGAGGUGGGAGGGCUUUGUUCGGCAUUUCUUUCUUUUCCGUACUUCUUAGCGAUCUUUCCGUACAUUCGGUGGAAUCAAGACGCUCCUAACAUCUUAGAUAAAGUCUUAGAUAAGUUCAGGAGGGAAGAAAUCAUGGCGGCGGAACGUUCCAGACGAGUUAACGCCGGGGCCAAGAUGACCAAACUUCUGGCCGACGAGCAGGAAGACGAGUUCUACCAGACGACAUACGGAGGCUUCACUGAGGAAUCUGGAGAUGAGGAGUUUGAGUCGGAUGCGGAGACCAGCGAGGAUGAGGUGGACUCAGACUUCAGCGCCUCCGAGGACGACGAGCCGGUCAGUGACCAGGAGGACGAUGAACCCCAGAGGAAGAGGAGGGUCGUCACCAAGGCCUACAGGGAGCCAAAGAAAGCUGCCAAACCAAGUGAGAAAAAAGAAGCAGAGAAGGGACAUCAGGCUCAGAAGGUGGAAAAACCCAAACAGCCACAGCAACAAAGAGUCAUCCCUCCCUCAGCGAGAAUCCAGACUCGUAAGUCCACGGCAGAGCGGACCCUUCAGUGUAACAUCAGGUACAAGGAGCGGGAACGUCUGCGUGCCAUCCAGCCCAAAAAACAACCCGUGGAGUUCCGCAGACUCACACAGGAGGAACUGUUAGAGGAGGCCAAGAUCACAGAACAGAUCAACCUGGCUUCUCUGGAGACCUAUCGUCAGUUAGAGGAUGAGAGGAGAAAAGCGAGGAACCAGAAGCGUGUGCCUUACCAGGGUCCCACCAUCAGGUACCACUCCCUGUCCAUGCCUCUCAUAGAGGAGCUACCCAAGGACACAGAGGAGAUCAACGUUGUGGGAGACAGCUCUCCUCCUGUGCAGCCUUCCCAGAAGUCCCAGGUCACGCGGUGUUCGCGUAACUUCAUCACGUUCCCGGACGACGCCACAUUCCGUAAACACUUCCCCGCGAAGAAGCCCAAACCUCCGGCCAAAUCGUUCUGCGCUGUUACUCGCCUCCCCGCCAAGUAUUUUGACCCCAUCACACAGACACCCUUUGCUACCAUCCAGGCCUUUAACUGUUUAAGGGACACGUACCUGCAAGAACAGGAGCUGAAGUGUGACAAGAGACUGAACGAACUGAACGGAUACCUGGAACAGAAGAGAAAACAGAAACUCCUGCAGAAAUAGCUGUGAUCAUCUACCUUAUGUGGAUGCGAUGUGUGAAUGAAUUGAUGAUUAUUAAAGAUACAAGAAU